AAAAUUUGUUUGUACCCCGUUUUCACCUGCGCAAACUUUACUUUGUAGUUUGUAAUCAAUCAAUCUCAGCAUCAGCAUCCUUUGUUUUGAUUAACAUUAAAUAUAAUUGUAUUUAAAAAAGGAAUUAUAACAUGGAGAAAAGUGGUAAUCCUCCCCCAUACGGAUGGGGCAAUGGUUAUCACGUGCAAGUGCAACCUCCGCCAGCGGCGCCGCCGAGCUACGCGCAGGCGGUCGGGGGAGUCGGACCAUCCAGCCCCUACACUCCUCAUUAUCCUCCCACUGGCGGGCCUCAAAUUGUAACUACAGUUGUACCAGUUGGACCACAGCCUACCCACAUGAUCUGCCCAAGCUGCCAUGCUGAAAUAGACACUGCCACCAAAACGAAACCAGGCCUGCUAGCAUACAUAUCUGGUGCGAUUAUAUUUUUGCUGGGAUGUUUCUGCGGUUGCUGCCUCAUCCCUUGCUGCAUAGAUAGUUGCAUGGUGAUAGACCACAAAUGCCCCAACUGUGGGGCCAACCUUGGACGUUAUCAACGAUAAGGAUCUACUCAGUGUUAUUAGUCGUGUAAAUAAUACUUAGUAGUAGGAAAAAUCAUCUUAAUACAAACAAAAUUAACAAUGAUCUGAAUCCAAAAAUCUCCGCAUUUAAUUUUGCCAGAGAUGUAUUUAUAAGGACAGAUUUUUAGCAUGUUUAAAGCUUAUACUACUUUAAAAAUAAAUUUAUACCAGUUAGGGCUUAUUGGCCUACAAAAAUCGAUUUUUCUAAUAUGCAGAUUAAUAAUAUUAUAUGAAUUAAUGCUGCUAAUUUCAUAUAAAAUGCCAAAUAACCUUCCCUUAUGUUAAUGUAAUAUGUGAGAAGCUCGGAUUAUUGUCAAUUAUUUUGCAUCUAAGUUUAGGGCACCGACUACACAGACACCGCAUCAUUAAGCGUUUACAAAGAGCAUGAGGUCACCACAAAUAGGUGCAAUAUUACAUGUAAAAUGCUAAGAUUU